GUGAAUCACACUCCAUUAGAGCCAUAGUCCUCAGACGACGACGUAUUCGUUCCAGACUGAGUGAGGGCAGCAUCAGCCUCUGACCAAAUUAACUCGUAGCCCAAAUGAGAGUGACAAACUCUAUGCAACCCAAAUAAACGAAAUCUGCAAUGGUAAGACAAACCUUCAGCCAAGCUCACAACUAUUGAAACCUUAACCCGGUUCACUGACCCACCCGUCCGACUUGACCCAUCCACUUUUACUCUCUUAAAUUUUUAUUUAGUAAAAGGCCGAAAGGCAGGGGCCAACGUCCACCGUCAAAGCGCCGCUUGAAAGCCGAAACUUUCCCGAGAAAAUCAAGGAAAGAAAGCGAGAGAGAAACAGAAGGAAAAUGGCUGGGAGCCCUAAUACUUGGGCCUAUGCCCGGAUCAUCACCGGAACCAUUCUCGGUGGCGUUCUCGGCUUCUACGUCAUGGACCGCGUCGAGAAAAGCUACAAGGAGAAAGUGAAGGAGAGACUGAGACAGUACGAAAGUGAAUUGAAGAAGAAAGAGAAAUUGAAUGAGUUUGAAGAGUCUGUGUAGACUGUACCCUACCAGUGUUCUUUUUUCUUUUUUACUUCUGCUUGUGGUUGUUGAACACAAAAAUGUUGAAAUUUUGAAUCAUAUGUUUUUGUAUUUGGACUUAGCCAGUACUGGAGUUUGAUUCGAAUGAGAGUGUCUAUAUUUGAGGAAAAA